GCCAAGCACGGCCACCCUGCCAACGGCAUGUCCUUCGGCGUGCAGGAGAAGAGCUGGAGUGACCAGCGGGAGUGCAACGGGUGGAUCUCGGGCAGCUGGAAGCUCCGUCCCAACAACGGCAGCAUCAUCCAGCAGCGCCUGUGCAUCCUGGUGCUGGACGACUUCAAGUGCCACAAGGGCGAGGGUUUCAUCGCCCCCCUCAAGAGAGACGCCAACACCAUCGUCAUCUUCAUCCCAGGCGGGUGGACGCCCUUGCUCCAACCGCUCGACCGCAUGCUCAACAAGCAGAUGAAGCGGCUGCUGCGGGGCAAGUACACAGCAUACAGCGCGUCGGCGGUCGCAGACGCCCGGUCGGGGAAGCUGAAGCCACCGGAGCGUGGGGUCGUCUCUACGUGGUGCAAGAAAGCGUGGGAGUCUAUCACCCCCGAGACGGUGAAGACUUGCUUCAAGAUCUGCGGUCUCACGCUCGCGCUCGACGGCAGCGAAGACCACGCCUGGUGCGAGCACAACUUCGGGGAAGACUACCGCGACCUUCUCGAGGAGCAGCACGCCGUGUGGCUCGCUGAGCACCCCGACGUGACUCUCCCGCCGCUCAAGCUGCCGAAGGUACCAGGGGGGUUCGACUCCAACCCCAUCACGGCUGCUCAGAAGGAGGUCGAGGGGAAGCUGCUGCCCUACGUCGCUGAUGAGAGCGACAGCGAGGUGGAGGUCUCGGAGGGCGACAGCGACGUGGAAGUCGUGGAGGGGCAGGGGGGCGGGGACGCCGAAGGAGAAGUAGUCGAAUUUUGAAUAAUAGUUCUUUGGGAUUGCCAGUGAGAUUGGAUAUUUUUGGGAUGGUAGGGGCGCGGGCACCACGUAGAGUUCAACCCGCCUAGGACGUACAGUAGUAGGACGUUGGUAGCUCGUAGUGGUAGUUUGGUGUGAUUUUUUACUUCGUUUUUGGUUUCAUCUGCGUUUAGAAUUGUUGAGUGGAUGCCGUUUGCAGAUUUGCCGAUCUUGUUCUUGAGAACGAAAAGAAG